UCGUCUUCAAUCUGCUCCGGACUCCGCGGUCACUCCCCCCUCCCCCCGCCCGGGUCCAUCCUACAUGAAGGGGAGCAGCCUGCCGCCGCCUGCCGCUGCUCAAACGUGGAGAGAAGGACACGGGGAGCGACGCUUGCCGCUGACUGAGCGGGGUCAUUGUUAGUCGGUGAAAUUUACAGCUCUGUCGACAUAUUUAGUGCAUCUCACCCCAGCGCUGGAGCAGAGGGAGGGACUGUGUGUUUCUCCGGGAGUCUUCAGGAGCAGAGUCGGCGGUUGGAAGGACAUUUAAGUGUGAGAGGGAGCAGCCAAUCAAGACAAGCGUGAGCCCCUGGACCUUGUAAGCAAGCAGCAACAUCGGUGUCCACUGCUUUUAGAAGGAGGUAAUGAAACCGGAUGGGGAUACCAUGGAAACCACGGAGGCCACUGAAGCAGCAGCAGUAGCAGAACCCUCGUCAUCGGAAGACAACACAACAGAGCAAGCCCCAUCACAGCUAGAGGAAGCCGCAAAUGAUGCAGCACCCGCCGCUUCUCCGAAGGCCAGUGGCAAGCCAGUGGCAGCAGCAGACCCCAAAGUCAAACCCAAAGCUGUUGCAACUAAAACACAGUACACAGCCAAAUCUGCAGGGGCGUCCGGAUCACGGCCAGGUACUGCCACGCACCGCACGGUGAAUGACAUCAAAGCCUCCAACAAUGUCCGAGCAGCUGCAGUCAAGAAAACAGCAGCGACAGCAACAACGACAGCAAAAGCGUCAGCCGCGGGGGCUGUGCCGAAAAGACCGGUGGGUGUAGCAGCAUUUUCCUCCUCGGUCAAGAACCAAACUAGAGUGCCUGACAAGAAGCCUGUUGGACCGGUUAGGACUACCUCUGCUGCUGCUGUCACAGCAACAAAUGGUACCAAACCAACAACAGUGAACGGCAUCACUAAGAAGAGACCAGCAGCUGAGACUGUUAACGCAGCUAGACCCAAAACCACAGCUACUGCCAGCAGAGCAGCGGCGUCCACUAUCCCGAAAUCCGGCACUUCAACCAAAACAACAACUGCUGGUGCUGCCGUUUCAAAGACCACCAGGCCUGCUACAGGUCCUUCAACAUCUCGACCUGCAUCCGCCACAGCCAGGCCCGCCUCAGCUACAGUCAAGCCCUCCACCACUACGACUGCCAAAACUGCUGCUUCUAGAGUGAACACCAUACCCUCUACUGGCAGGACCACAGCAGCACAGCCUCCCAAAACUGCUGCUGCUAAGAAAGAUGUCAGUCGACCACCUUCUGCUGCAGCGGCAAAGAAACCUACAACAGCUACAACAACUGCUGCUACCAAAAAACCUGAACCCUCUCGACCCACAGCCACCCUAAAGCUCAACUCUGCUGCCUCCAAAUCUUCAACAACAGCAAAGACAGCAGACCCCAAGGUGUCACAGUCCAAAACUCAACCACCUGUAAAAUCUACUCCCACAAAGAAACCUGUAGCUGCUGUUUUGUCAGUUACCCGCAACAACAAACAGCCUCUUGGUCGGACCCCACCGGCCUCUCCAGCCAACAAACCUGCAAACAGCAGCACCCCUCAGGCAAAACGUGGAGCCAAACCCACUCAGGCUGUCCCGCCUUUCACAGCCGGCAAGAAGACAGGGGUUUCAAAUACUAGCACACCUGCUGUGGAAACACAGACAGCUGCAGAUGCAGCAGUAGCAGCUGCCGCAGCAGCGACUGUGCUGCUGGCAGUAACAGGCGCUACAGAGUCCUCCCUUCAAGAAUCAUCCCUUGCUGCCUCUGCACCAGAGGAGGCCCCUCCUUCAGUCGUGGCCCAGGACACCACACCGGAGUUGGUACCUCAAGAGACAGCUCAGAUACAUGCAGCUGCUUCCUCUCCUCCACAAAGCCCGGUCAGGACAGCCGUACCACAAACAUCUCCACCCCUGGAACAGGUAGAAAUCAGUGCUCCCUCACUUACAAUGCAGGAGCAGACCCCUGCCCCAGCUGAGCCUACGUUAUCACCAGUAGCGUGUCCUCCACAUCUACCCGAGGAGCCUGAUUAUCUGUUAACAGACCACACUCCCUCCACAUCUACAGCCCUCCCAGAAGCCGCCAUUGCCUCCCCACUGGUAGUUUCUCCCGUCAAUCUAAAUGAGGAGGAGGAUGAAGAAGAGAGGGAGGGAAGCCAGUUGGUUUCUGUGUCUGAAAUGAGCGGAACCACACAGCCCACAGAGGAGUCUCGUCCCGGGUCGGCUGGACCGGUAGGAGGGUCUGCUUGGAGGGCCGGUGGUGCCUUGCUUUCUGAGCUGGACUCUGAGGAGGUGAGCGGCAGCCAGCAGGGUGCGUCUGAGCUGAGCGCCCCCGGUGUUCUGGAGGGCACAGAGAGCAUGGAUGAUCUGGGAGACGGCAGUCUCAAAGGAGCCAUUGACAUGGAAGGAGCCUCAGCAGGUUCGCCCGAUUUUGAGAAAGUUCCUGACAUUCCAGUGAAUGACUUUGAUGAGGAUGAAGAUGAGGACGAUGACUACGAUCGGGUAUGUGACAUGGAUGUAGGCUCAGAGCGGGCUGAUGAGCCACAGAGACCCAGGCAUGACAACGAUUUGGAUGAUGAUGAGGAAGACGAAGAUGUGGAGAUGGCUAGUGAGGGGGUGACGGAGAGUGGGCUGGAAAGCUACGGGAAUGCAGACGAGGAUGACUUUGCUGAGGAUGAAAGGUUGGACAACUUGAACAGAAUGAUGCAGCCCCCACCUCCCCCUCCUGUGCUGCCCUCUGCGCCCGCCGCUCAGUGGGACCAGCCGAACCCAUUUGCUGAUCCCUGGGGAGAACCUCUGCAGCCACAGCAGGUCUCCCAGCAUGCACAGGUCGCAGGAGCGGGUGCAGCAAGCCCCAUGGCAGACCCCUGGCAAGCAGACCCCGAGACUCCAACUCAGACCCCGGCCCAUGCUUGGCUGGAACUAGGCUCUGCUCCUUUUGUUCCUGAAAACCAAGAAGUCCCUCAUCAUUCCUCCAUUAAAGAUGAGCCACAAAAUCUUGAGGCCCAGAUGUACAUGGACCGGUCCAGCCCAGCCCCAAUGCAGACCCUGGCCCCAGCUCUCCUCUCUGCCCCGGGCAUGUCUCUGUCAAGCACCCUGAGCAGCGAGACCAGCACGCCUGAGGAACUGUGUGACUACAAUCAGAAGCUCCAACCUCAAGAUUUGCAAGCCUCCAGUCUGUCCCCACAGCCCGACCUGAACUACCAGGACCUGGGCAUGCACUUGGAGAGAGGCGAUGGAGAAGGAGAGGAGGAAGCUGAGACCCUGCCCGCUGAUGAAGUCCUGGGAGGCCCGGCAACUGCCCCCACUUCCAACCCCUCCUCAUCCUCGGUAACAGAGGACGAGGCCAGUGACACAGAGGGAGAAGCUCAGUUGGAGGACUCCUUGGAGAGUCCAGCGAUCUGCCAAGCCACCUUUGACAGCCAGCCUCCAGCCCAGCGCUGCCUGUCCACAGUGGAAGAGGGAGAGGAGGCCGACAUGGAGGGAGUGAUGGGCGUCGCAGGCGAAGACACCACCCCACCUUCAGCUACAUCGCUGGCAUCUUACGGUUUUGACACCAUGACCACAGCGUCAAACUCCAACGCCCAGUCCACAGGGGAGAGCUGCAUCAAGAGCCCUGGGAUCUUCUCCCUUGAGGAGCUGCCCGAGGAGGCCAAGGAGCCCUGUCUGAUCCCGCAACCAUGCACUGCUGAGCAGCAGUACGUCGAAUGUUGGGGACAGGAAGCGGAGUCCGCGGAGCAUAUCAGGGAGGAAGCACAGGGACCCAAGGAAGCCCUGGACCCUUCAUCAACUCUGAGCACUUUGCAGCAACCAGAGGAAAACCCAGAUGACAUCCAGCCUCCCUACUAUUCUGCUAUCUGUGAAAAGACUGAGAACUCUUUUGCAGGUAAUGUAUAGUUCAACCUCUCCCUAAAAAUCCAAGUAAUGUCCCCUAACGCCUAACGCCCCGUGGCCCCGCUGCAACCUCCCCCACAAUAUCUCACUGUUGUAUCUCUUGUCGUCAGUGUUUGUCCUGAAAUCUCUGGGGGUGGACGAAAUCAAAGAUAAACAAACAUUUAAAAAAACAGAGAGCAAAAAAAAAGGGAAGAAAUAAAAAGAGGACAGCAGUGGCACUUCCCUCUGAUAUAAUAUUUCCAUGAUGAGUAUAUGGCUUAAAUUCCUGUAUGUGCAAUAGCUACUACUAUUUACUCCUAACGUGUGAGCGUGUCUGGGUUUUGGUUUCUGUUUUAUUUAACACAGAAUUAUGUGGUUGCCCUGAACUGGCAUGGAUCUGACUUGUCUGUUUACAGCUCUUAAAGAGGGAAAACAAGAAAAUUAACAAAAGAAAUGUGGAAUGAAGUGUUUAACAUGUUUUUCAUGUGAAUUUAUCCUAAUACUUUUUACUGAACAAGCCUGAUAGCUGACAAUGAGUUUUGAUUGUGUAUUCCUGUUAUUCCUGUUUGAUUUCACUCGCCUACCGUACGAUACAGUCUUCCACAUCCCGGAUCACUCCUCAUCUCUCUCUCUUCUUCUCGCACUUUAAAUUGUACCCCAGCUUUUUUUGUGUUAAUCCUUCUUUUGGAGUAAUGAACCUUUAAACUUUAAAUAAAGAUUAGAUUUUUACCAUGA